UGUCGUACUCUUAUCGGCUACCUUUUUUCAUCUGCGACUAUUCCUUAACCUUCUAUUCGACUGCGCCACUCCGUCGCAUCCCGCAGCGGCAGAAGAGGCGAACAUCCAAGUGAUGCAAGAAGACAAACAACGCAAUACAUAUAUCAUAUUAUAUAUGCUUACUCGCACAGAUUUUUAAAGCCACACAGAAGAGACAGAGACAGACGCACACAGAGAGCCCUUCGGUGUUUUGGCUCUUUUGCGGGUGGUGGGCGGUUUUGUUUCGCCACGAAAGAACCCUCCUCACCUGCGAAACCAACACAUAAUCAUCUACACCAACACCUGUUUUCAAUUGGGUUUUACCAAUUUUCAAUUUUGUAACACCAGAAAAUUCAAAUCAAGAAAGAAAAAAAAAAUGUCGAUUACUUUCUUUCUUUCACAUGUCGUCUCUCUCUCAUCUUCUUCGUCUAAUGUAUGAUAGGGCUGUCUAAGGGUCUGCUUUAUUUCAUUUUCCGCACCAUCUCCCUCCAAAGUCGUUCUUGGCAUGGGCUAUUCCCAGUUUUGUUCUUUUGCGCGGGAAAAUGUCUGCGUUUCCGGGCACGGUCUCCUAUGCAGUGCCUCAGCGGCGUCAGUGUCAAACCCGGAUACUGCGGCGGUGGCGGCUGAUUGUUGGAAGAGAGCGGAACGAACCGCGCGUGAGAUACUCGCUAAGAUACAGCCCAAUGUAGAGGCCGACCAGAAGAGGAUGGACGUCAUACAUUACGUUCAGGGACUCAUCAAUUAUUACCUUGGAUGCGAGGUUUUCGCAUAUGGUUCUGUUCCAUUGAAGACAUAUCUUCCAGACGGCGAUAUUGAUCUGACUGCCAUCAACGGUUUGGCUGUUGAGGAAUCCCUUGUAUCUAAUGUUCAUGCCGUCCUGAAAUGGGAGGAACAAAAUAGAGCUUGUCCAUAUGAAGUGAGAGAUGUCCAUUGCAUUGAUGCUGAGGUUAAACUUGUUAAAUGUCUUGUUGAGAACAUUGUGGUGGAUGUGUCUUUCAAUCAGUUAGGUGGGCUUCGUACCUUAUGUUUUCUUGAGGAGGUUGACUGCCUCAUUGGCAAAGAUCAUCUCUUUAAACGCAGCAUUAUUCUGAUCAAAGCCUGGUGUUAUUAUGAGAGUCGUAUUCUUGGUGCCCAUCAUGGAUUGAUUUCAACAUAUGCUUUGGAGACAAUGGUCCUGUAUAUCUUCCAUCUAUUUCACUCUUCCUUAAAUGGCCCUCUGGCAGUUCUUUAUAAAUUCUUGGAUUACUUCUGUAAAUUUGACUGGGAGAAUUAUUGCAUUAGUUUGAAUGGACCAGUUCACAAAUCUUCCCUUCCUGAUAUAGUGGUUGCAUCACUAGAAAAUGGUGGAGAUGAUGCACUGAUAAGCAAGGAAUUUUUAGAAAGAUGCGCAAAUGUGUUCUCAUUUCCAUCACAGGUGAUUGAGGCAAACUCUCGGACUUUUUCCCAGAAAUAUCUGAAUAUAAUCGAUCCAUUGAAAGAAAACAAUAACCUUGGGAGAAGUGUAAACCAAGCUAAUUUCUGUAGAAUACGUAGUGCUUUUGGAAGGGGGGCUUGCAAGCUUGGGGAAAUCCUUUUAUUAUCGAGUGAGAGAAUAGCAGAUGAGCUUAGCACAUUCUUUGCAAAUACUUUGGAUAGGCAUGGAAGCAGUGAUUGUAGUGAUCAUCAAGCUUCUGCCCUACAUUUUAGACCUGGAGAUUCCGACAGAAAAUCAUCAUCGUCAUGUUCUGAUAUGGGCUCUGAUGACAAGUACUUAAAACCCUUGAUUGCUGAUUACAACACAAAUGCACUCUCACAGUACUUUCUUGCUCGGGAUGUAAACGAGCUAUCAGGACAAUCUCGCCAAUCACCUCAUUUAUCCUUCCCAAGCUUGUUUAAAGAACAAGGAAUUAUGGGAAAUACGACUCAUUUCAGGGAAAUAAAUGUAAAUUCAUUGGUUGAAGACGAGGACAUAACACCUCUUUCUUCAGGACUUUCCAUUUCAGCUACUACUGUCACAGAAAAUUUAUCCCCAUCUGCUAGAGACAUGGAUUUAGCUGUGUUGGACCUUUGUGGUGAUUAUCAUAACCUCAUUCAGAGUGUACCAUAUGGUCCACAUUGUCAUUCAUGUUUUGUAUCCGCAACUCCUCUGCCCUCUCCUCCCUUAUCCCCUCUUUUGCCAAACGAGAAUUCUUGGGGAACUGUCCAUCAGUCCCCACAGUUUAACAAGAAUGGUCAUUCACAAUUUUACCCUGGGAAUACUAGUUUUGGUUCAGACGGAAAGAACAAAUCUCGAGGAAUAGGAACAUACUUCCCCAAAGCGAUAUUGAACCGUUGGAAUAGGGAUAAGCCAUCAUCUGGAAAAGGGAGGAAGGUUGCCCUUGGAAAUAACACUCAGUUGAAUAGACGACCUCGUAAUGAUGAUUCAACUGUAGUUACACAAGAAACAAAUAUGUCUGGAGAAAGAGGCCAUGAGCUCUCAUUGGAGGAGUACCCCCUUUUAGGUGGAGGAAAAGCGGGAUCAUCUGAGAAUCUGCCAUCUCAUUUAUCUGGAGUAUCAGUUUGGGGUUGCUCCCACGCCAAUGGAUUCUCCAACAACUCAGAGAAGUCUAAGUCUGUUUCUGAUAUUAAGGAGCUUAAGAUGCAGGGAUUCCCCAUGGUAGAAGAGAUAAAUCCACUUGAGUCGGUUAUGUCUUGCAUUGAGCAGUGUGCUUCAAGUUUUGCGGAAUCAUCAAUAGAGAGUCCUAAGCCUGUUUUGCUAAAUAAUACAGAAAGGCUUGAGGAGCAGUCAUACCAUCUGAGAGAUGAAGUUGAUUUUCCGCCUCUGGGCCGCUGAAGGAUGUUUGAAGCAUAGAACAGUGGAGAGAGCCUAGUCCUUGGUUCUAGCGACCAAGCUGAAACAUAGAUAGAAGAGGCCUUCAAUUUACUUUCUUUUUUUGUGAAAGAAAAUUCUUUUGCAGUUGUUGGAUAUGUUUGUGCUACGUACUAUAGGCUCAUUACCUCUUGCAUUUCCUUUUAUUGGAGUGGAUUAUGCAACAGGUGAGUUUUUGUCCUAACC